UUUUGAAGUUUCAACUGCCAAACAUUCCCAUAUUGGAAUUUUUUUUUUUUUUAUUUUAUACAAUUUUGGCGCUUAAUUAAUUUCAUUGCAUUACAUUUGUGAAUUGUGAGUUAAAAAGGACAAUACAAUUUUCUUUCACGAUUUUCUCGCCAUCCAAACACGCCCUCACCUCCGCUCACUACACCGGUCCACGCCAUAUAAUUCAUCAAAUCUCGGGUCCUCUCCAAUUGUCAGCUUCCCCAUACCGACUUAUAUUCGCCAUUGAUUCAAAUUCAACUGUGUUUGAAUUGAAGGAAUGUUCUGAUCUCUGAAUGGGUGGAUUCAUUCGCCACUUAAGCCUUUGAUAAUGGCGGACCAGAGUGAUCCGGUACAAGUGGCCAAGGAGAAUGUAGAUCCCGAAUUUUUCAGCUGCUUGCUUCAGCCAACAACUUCCGAUGCCGAUCUUAACUACAUCGGAAUCCGUCGCUUCCUUCUCCAUCGUAAGGCCGAGUCCGGUGUUCUUCGCCGUAGAGAUUGGAGAUGCAAUGGAAAAGGUUAUGUGGCUUACCGAAAUUACAUUCGCAGACCAAGGAAUUGGGAACAUAUGCAUCAACCAAGCCUCAAUAGCACACCAGGGAACAGCGGGCGAUGGAUACCUCCAAGUCCACUAUCCCUGUUGUAUGAAGCAGAGAGCUGGAGUUCUGUAAGGGACAUGCAAAGUGGCAAACCAGCUUCAAGUCACAGAAACAGUUUUAGCUCAACUGCUAGUGAUAGUGAUCGCCCACGAUUUCGGGGUGUUGAACCUCCAUACUCGUUCGUGGGAAUGCACUGUGUCUUUGAUCAAAGCCAGGCCUCCGUUACGGUCUUGAAGUUUGGACACAUGAAUUCUGAUCUACUUGCAUAUGGAUCGUCGGAUGGAACAUUGACAGUGUGCACGAUCUCUGACCCCCCUUCAGUUAUGAAACAGUUGAAAGGCCAUUCGAAAGAUGUUACAGAUUUCGAUUUCUCAUCGAACAAUCAGUAUAUUGCAUCAUCAUCAUUGGAUAAGACUGUGCGAGUAUGGGAGAUAUCACAAGGUCUUUGUAUUAGAGUAAUAUAUGGUGUUUCUUCACAAUUGUGCAUUCGUUUUCACCCUGUAAAUAACAAUUUCCUUUCUGUUGGCAAUGCUAACAAAGAAAUUAUGGUGUUCAAUUUCAGUACCGGAAGGAUUAUUAGUAAAGCAGUAUUUGAUAGUGGAGUUACCUCUAUGGAUCAUGAUCACACUGGCCAGCUCAUUUUUUGUGGCGAUUCGCUGGGCUCUAUAUACUCUGUAAGUAUGAACUCUCACACAGGAGCAUUAUCCCGUUCUCAUCGCUACCGAGACAGUAGCAGGAAAAAAUCUGCAGUCACAACUGUGCAAUACCGGAGUUUCUCUCUAAUGGCUCGUACCCCAGUGUUGUUGACAUGUACUCAAGAUGGAAAUUUAUCUUUCUUCAGUAUUGCUCUAGAAGUUCGAGGCUAUUUGACUCUUCGGUGCUCUCUCAAAUUAACCCCGCGAGUACACAGCAUCAGGGCUUCCUUCUGUCCCCUACUUUCCCCCGAGAAAGGAGAAUAUAUUGUGGCGGGAAGUGAGGAUUCGAAUGUAUACUUCUACGAUCUAACCCGACCGAAGCAUACAUGUGUAAACAAGCUACAGGGUCAUAGGUUUCCGGUUAUGGAUGUUGCCUGGAAUCAUGGAGCAAACUUAUUGGCUUCAUCUGAUUUUUAUGGCACGGUUAUUGUGUGGAAGAGAUCAAAGACAAGUUAAGUCGAAAAUGUAUACCGAUAACAAGCCAUUGACAGAUUACAAAACUCAGAAAUGGAGUGGUGUGGAGUCUCAAGAAAGACUCCAAUUUGCCAUUGUAAACCAUUGAACUAUUUUUACCAAAAUGUGUUACAUAAAAGUAUUUGUAUUAUUAUUGAUUGUUGUACCAAUUACAGACUCAGUUAGUUACCUACUCAUUUUUUGAAUCGUAUAAUCAAUAUGUUUACUUUAUUUUUUCCAUUUCAAUAUUCUCAAUGAAGUUUUCAUUUUAUAAAA